AUGCAAGGAGGUGGGAGCUCUCAUUGGGAUUCUGCGGAGGCAGCCAGGGAGAAUCGGGUCCGCUGUGUUCCUCAAGCUGUCAGGGGUGACACCGACGUCUUUUCUUCCCCAGCUCGCAGAAGGCUUCAUGCUGCGAUAGAUUUAGGCAAAUGUAAUCGAAUGCAAAUCCUGAGCUCUGACUCUGAAGAAGCAUUUGAGACCCCGGAGUCCACUACACCGGUAAAGGCACCACCUUCACCUCCACAGCCACCCCCUGAAGCGGCGUCAGCAGCAGCAGUUGCAGCAGACAUAGCAGAACAAGAAAUAAAACCCCAGCUGCCCUUGGAAGACACAGGAUUAUCUUCAGAAAGUGUACCUGUAACUGAUGUGUCACACAGUGAAUCAGCUGAAGAAAGCUCUUUCCGACCCCCUUCCCAUUCUUUUUCCACUGUCUUCGAUGAGGACAAGCCAAUAGCCAGCAGUGGAACUUACAACUUGGACUUUGAUAACAUUGAGCUGGUUGAUUCUCUCCAUGCCUUAGGACCAAGCUCUCCAGAAUCGAAGAAUCGUGACCCCAAAGCGAAUGUUCGAAGAAAAUCUACUGAUUCAGUCCCAGUUUCCAAAUCUACAUUGUCUCGAUCUCUCAGCUUGCAAGCUAGCGAUUUUGAUGGAGCAUCUUAUCUUGGCAACAGUGAGACAUUAGCACCGGCAGCAGAUGUGUAUGGUACUGGUUCAAGUAGUGCUUCUAGUACCCUUAAGAGAACAAAGAAAUCCAGACCAGCUUCCUUAAAAAAGAAGCAGUCAGCAAAAAAAUCUCUGGAUGCUCCACCAGUGAAAGAAACUCCACAAGAACCAUCUGACCUUGGCCAAACAGCUUGUGCCCCAGGUGAGGAUAAAACAAUAUCUGAAGCAAAGGCUGACUCAGUAAAGCCCGAAUGUACUGAACCUUCUAAAAUCUCUGCCGAGAAACAGGAGGCCCCGCCUGUGCCUGAAGGAUCCUACCCUUUGGAUCCAGACAGUUUUGAAGGGAUUAGUGCAUUUAGCACCGGAGGUGGCAAAGUACAAAACUCUCCCCCUGCCAAUAAGAAAACACUACCUCUUACAACGGCACCGGAGGCUGUGGAGGUGACUCCGCCUGACACUGGAGGACAAGAAGACCCUCCGGUCAAAGGCAUUGCCGUGAGGCUGGAGUUUGAUUAUUCUGAAGAAAAAGGGGUGAGUGAAGACCAGCAGGAGAGUACUCCGCCUCCCAAGAAAGCAAGUAAAAAGCCUGGUGCUAAAAUGCCACUACGGAGGCCAAAGACUAAAAAGCCAGUGGAAAAGCUUGACAAUGCUCCAACCACACCGACCAAGUCACCCACAGAUCCAAAUGAAAUCCCUAUCACAAAAGGCUCUUACACUUUUGAUAUUGACAAGUGGGAUGAUCCCAAUUUUAACCCAUUCUCAUCUAGUACAAAAAUGCAAGAAUCGCCCAAACUGCCUCAACAAACGUACAGUUUUGAGCCAGACAUGUGUGAGGACUCUAUUGACCCUUUCAACUCUUCUUCUAAGAUAGCCAACUCACCCUCUAAAUCUCCGGCUUCCUUUGAGAUACCAGCCAGUGCCAACGAAACAAACGGAACUGAAGGAGACAACUUGAAUAAGCCUGCGAAAAAGAAGAAGACGCCACUAAAAACGAUGGUAGAAGAUGUGAUGUCUGUAUGUUCUCUGUUUGAUACAUUUAGGGUGAAAAAAUCACCAAAAAGAUCCCCACUGUCUGAUCCUCCUUCUCAGGAUCCCACUCCACUGCCUACUCCAGAAACACCUCCUGUCAUAUCCACAGUGGUUCAUGCGACAGAUGAGGAGAAACUGGCGUCUUCAGUGACCAGUCAGAAAUGGACCUGCAUGACUGUGGACCUGAACACGGAUAAGCAGGAUUACCCGCAACCAUCUGAUCUGUCUACGUUUGUUAAUGAGACUAAGUUCAGCUCUCCUACAGAGGAAUUGGAAUAUGGCAACUCAUAUGAAAUAGAAUAUAUGGAGAAAAUAGGCUCUUCUGUGCCUCAGGAUGAUAGCACCCCGAAGAAACAAUCUUUAUACCUAAUGUUUGAUGCGCAGCAGGAGAGCCCAAUCAAAUCACCUCCCAUCAGACUGUCUGAUUCCACAACACCAUGCUCAGGGUCAAGUUUUGAAGACCCUGAAGCCCAGCAAUCCUCUGGAAUGAAAAUACAACAUCCAGCUUCCCGAGUCCUAGCUGCCAGCCAAGAGGCACACUUACAGUCACCUGACAAGUCAAAGCAGAAAGACCUAGAGCCCAUGACCCUAGGAACGACUCCAGAGGCUCUUGAAAUAACAUCUCCUGAAGACUCCUUUGUCUCUGCUGAUGCUCUUCUCAAUAGGAUAUCUAAGAAAACCUCAAUAUGUGAUCAGCCUGAAUAUCUAGAUCCUGACUUAGCAGAAAAGAACCCCCCAGUAUUUGCUCAGAAACUUCAGAGAGAACCUGCUAUCCCAGCAGAUGUUUCCAUCUCUAAAAGUGCACUGUACUCCCGGAUCGGCACCUCGGAUGCAGAAAGCACCACAGGUCUUCUCUACUCCCAGCAAGACUUAGACUCUGCACUACGACUUGCCAGAACAGAGAUUGUGGCCAAGGAAAGAGAAGUAUCUGAGUGGAAAGAGAAAUAUGAAGAAAGCAGAAGGGAAGUGAUGGAAAUGAGGAAAAUAGUUUCAGAAUAUGAGAAGACGAUUGCUCAGAUGAUAG